AUGGAGACAAACCUGUUUUCUCGCAGCGAAAAAAAAAAGUUACGAACCCGAUUGUCUAUGCUCUUUCUCACCCAUUGCUUCCCUCACCACCGAUCGCAGAGCGCUGCGCCUCUCGUCAUCUUGUUCAGCAACUUCAAUGAGGCGUUCCAUUUCCUCCCAAUCCACACCAGCCUGCUUUGCCACCCCGGCGAUGAGCCGUGCGCUCAUUUCCCUUUCUCCUUCGGCGUCGUUCAGCGAGACGUCCUGCACAGACUCUCGCAGGAUAUUCGCAGCAAGCCGUCGACCGGGCCCCGAUUCUUCCCUCGCGGGUAGCAUUGACUCUGCUUUCGUGAGGAUGCGCUCUUUCAACUCACCCGCCCUUUCCGCAGAGGACCCCUCCCGCAAUGCCACCCCCUCGGGCAAGUUAGAUGCAGAAUCUGACUCUAUGGACAAGCCACGUGCUGCUACAGCCUGACGCACCAACUCGCCGCGCUUCUUGUACGAAUCUGCUACUGCAUUGGCGCUCUGCACGCGAGCGUUAGCUCUCGCCGUUUGCAUCCUGAGCACCGUCUAUCGUGGCAAGCCAUACGUCGCAAAAGUCAGUGAUUUCUGUGGCGCAAACGGCCCCGCGGCGCAAGUCUCCAAAUGAAGCGCCCGUGUGCGCCGAACGUACUCUCUCAAUCUGUGCCUUCUGCACCUCUGACAAGACGCGCGCGCGCACAGCGGCGCGCUUGAGCUUGAGUGCCGAGCGAUGCUCCGCCCGCUUCAAUACGCGGUAUGCAUGCAUGGCCUCUGAGGUGCGCUGGUAUAGCAGGGUCCGCUGCAGGAAGCGCAGCAUGGUGAUCGCCGCGAAGAGAGACCCCGCAGGUCGUCGAGCCAACGAUUGCGGAGAUGGAAGUACUGCGCCACAGAAGGGGUAUCUGCUGCGAUGUUAAUGAGAGUGAAGAGAGUGGCGAAAUUGAGGGGAUGGGAUGUGAAUCAUACCACCGAUGAUUGUGCGUUGGGAAAUUUUGCAGAUUGGAUCAGGAACGAGGAAGGUUGCUUUCGACACUGUCAGAGUACAUUGUUGUUGUUUAUUUCGGCGACGCCACCUCUCUGCACGAGCCUCUUGCCUUUCUGCAUGAAGCCGCGGGCUUCCUUCAAGAAGAAGAAAAGUUAGGAGACAUGCAAAGUUAUCCCUGGCCAGAAGGAUACAAGCUCAAAGAGCUAAUUACAAUGCUGUAUUGUAGGAAUAGGGGACGAGAGUGAUUUGCAAAAAAUUAUUUUUUUAUUCCCGUUGAAGAAAAAUUUUCCGGCGGCGCCGAGAGACAAAGCAUUGCUUGCACCUCAAUUAGUUUACCGAAGGCUGAUUUCUGUCCGGCGCAAGAAAACGGGUUCAACAUGCGUCUGCUAACGCACAACAUGCUGCAAUGCCCGCGAACGCUGGCGUACCCGCUGGAGCUGGAGAUCGAGACGUGCGACGAGGUAGACGUGGAGUACUCUGCGGCGUUUAUCCGACGGAUGCUACCGCGGGUGAACUGGGAGGUGUUCCUGGCGGCGGCGAAGCAAAUCCCGGACGCCGAGCUAGUGGGCAUGCUGCCGGCGGUGGCGCCGGGGGACGACGCGCCGGAUGACGGGGACGUGCUCAAGGCCGUGCAUCGAGCGCUGCUGCAGUGGCACGUGGUCGACGGGAAGCUGUCCGCCGACGGCGUGCGCUAUACUGUGAGUAAUGGGAUUCCCAACUUGGUCAUCACUGAAGUACGGAAGGAGGACGCGAGGGAGGAUGGGGAGGAUGGGGAGGAUGAGGUGAUGCAGGAUGACGGGAAGAGCGCGGAGUGAAAAGAGACGCGCACGCGGGAGGGAAGCAAAUAGAAGAUGCUCGUUUUCAAAAUGGUCUCAAUGCGCGACUAGGAUUCAGGGCGCAAGUGCACCACAUACCUCUUCGCUUCAAGGUGAGGAAUGGGGUUCCGAACUUGGUUGAUGUAGAGGUGCGGGAGGAGAAAAGCGAAGGUGGAGGAUGAGGAGGGUGAACGGAAGAGGCUUUUUUUACGCAAAGAGGUCUCCAGUCCACGCCGUCACGGGUGUCGGGUAGGACCAGUGGUUCUGGUCUUGACAGCACACGUGUCGUUUCAGACGAUGGGAACAAGUUUUCAACGUCGCCAGAAAGACAGGUUUUGGCAUAGGUGUACAGGAGUCGCUCGAUGCAAGAAUAGAAUAAGUGUGGUGGAGGCGUUGUGUCUUCUACAGUAUUCUUUACGGAGGAAGUGCAGCACCGUAUGACAAAGACAGAGAAUCAGAUGCAGUUGUGAGAGCGCCUUCGGUAUCCGCUGUUUGCUAUUUUUCCGUUAUUUAAUCAAAACGUUUUUCAGUCG